CCCGAUGCGCCGCCGUGGAAGCCCCGCGACUUCCGCCGCCUCGACGAGAGCGACGACGCCGCGUUCUACGCCGCGAGCGAGCCGCGCUUCGUGUACCACAUCGACGAGGGCGCCGUGGCGGCGCUCACGAACUACUACAAGGCCGAGAUCCCCGCCGGCGCGGACGUCUUGGACAUCUGCAGCUCCUGGGUCUCGCACUACCCCAUCAACACCAAGUACGGCAAGGUCGUCGGCACGGGCAUGAACGCGAAGGAGCUCGCGGCGAACACGCAGCUGACGGACUACGUGCAGCGCGACCUCAACAAGGAGCCGACGCUGCCCUUCGCCGACAGGUCCUUCGACGUCGUCACGUGCGUCGUCUCCGUGGACUACCUGACGCAGCCCCUGGCCGUUUUAGCGGAGGUGCGCCGCGUGCUCCGGCCGGGCGGCAAGGUCAUCUUCUCCCAGUCGAACCGCAUGUUCAUGACCAAGGCCGUCGGCAUGUGGGUGUCCAUGGGCGACGAGGCGCACCUCGAGCUCAUCGGCCAGUACCUCAAGUACGCGGGCUUCUCCACGCCGCCGAAGGCCUACGACAUCUCCGCCAAGGGCCGCGGCGCGCGGGACCCCAUGUACAUCGUCCAGGCGACGGCGUAA